AUGCACACUGCACAUUUGUGUGUGUUUUUGGGGUCAGUCGGCGGAAGAUGGCGGUCUGGAUGCUGCUGGCUGGCUGAGAGGAGCUGCUCUCCCCGCGGCGGAGGAUCCUUUAUAACCACACAGACCGAACCCGAAUGCAACACAAGCUCACAGUCUCAUCUGGAUUAAUAUUCACUGCUUUUUCCCCUCGGGUAUGGACUGUUGGACUAUUUUACCAGGAUACAAGCACCUCAGACGUUUCUGUGGGAGACUUUGCGGGGAGUUUCAUGUUAUUAUUCGGCUAGCCGUGCGGAGCAGCUAGCGGCUUUCUCCUCCACUUCAAAGCCUUCAAAUUGUUACAAAAAUGUCGGAUACGAAGGUAAAAGUAGCGGUGCGAGUCCGACCGAUGAACAGGAGAGAGAUUGAGCUCAGCACAAAAUGUGUGAUUGAGAUGGAGGAAAACCAGACUAUUCUACACCCACCGCCCUCCAAUGCAAAAGGAGAAAGCAGGAAACAGCCAAAGGUGUUCGCCUUCGACCACUGCUUCUGGUCCAUGGAUGAGUCCAAUGUCCCGAAGUACGCCGGUCAGGAGGUCGUCUUCAAGUGCCUCGGGGAGGGAAUACUGGAAAACGCCUUUCAAGGAUACAACGCCUGCAUCUUCGCUUACGGACAGACAGGCUCUGGGAAAUCCUUCUCCAUGAUGGGCAACGUAGAUCAGCCGGGCCUGAUCCCCAGACUCUGCUGCUCGCUGUUCGAGAGAGUCUCCAGAGACCAGAACGAGACGCAGUCCUUCAAAGUGGAGGUUUCCUACAUGGAGAUCUACAACGAGAAAGUCCGAGACCUGCUCGAUCCCAAAGGGAGCAGAACGUCUCUGAAGGUCAGAGAGCAUAAAGUCCUGGGUCCGUAUGUGGACGGUCUGUCUCAGCUGGCUGUGAUGAGCUUCGAGGACAUUGAGUCUCUGAUGUCGGAGGGGAAUAAAUCACGCACGGUAGCCGCCACCAACAUGAACGAGGAGAGCAGCCGAUCGCACGCCGUCUUCAGCGUCAUCGUCACGCAGACGCUUUAUGACCUGCAGUCUGGGAAUUCUGGUGAGAAAGUGAGUAAGAUCAGUCUGGUGGAUCUGGCCGGCAGUGAACGCGUCUCUAAGACUGGAGCCGCUGGAGAGAGACUGAAGGAGGGCAGCAACAUCAACAAGUCUCUGACGACGCUGGGCUGUGUGAUUUCUGCCCUCGCCGAUCAGUCCGCAGGAAAAGGCAAGAGCAAGUUUGUGCCGUACAGAGACUCAGUGCUGACGUGGCUGCUGAAGGACAAUCUGGGUGGCAACAGUAAGACGGCCAUGAUCGCCACCAUCAGCCCAGCCGCUGACAACUACGAGGAGACGCUGUCCACGCUGCGCUACGCCGACCGAGCCAAGAGAAUAGUCAACCACGCCGUGGUAAACGAAGAUCCCAACGCCCGUAUCAUCAGAGAGCUGCGGGAGGAAGUGGAAAAGCUAAAGGUGCAGCUCUCGCAGGCUGAGUCUCUGAAGGCUCCUGAGCUGCAGGAGAAACUCCAGGAGUCUGAGAAACUCAUUCAGGAGAUGACCGUCACCUGGGAGGAGAAACUCCGGAAGACGGAGGAGAUUGCACAGGAGCGUCAGAAGCAGCUGGAGAGCAUGGGAAUCUCUCUGGAGUCGUCAGGGAUCAAGGUCGGAGAGGACAAGUGCUUCCUGGUCAACCUGAACGCCGAUCCGGCUCUCAAUGAACUGCUGGUUUACUAUCUGAAGGAUCACACGCGUGUGGGAGCCGACACGUCUCAGGACAUCCAGCUGUUCGGGAUCGGGAUCCAGUCUGAACACUGUGUGCUGGACGUCACUGCAGACGGAGACGUCACGCUCACGCCGGCCGACAACGCCAGGACGUGUGUGAACGGGACGAUGGUUUACUCCAGGGUUCACCUGUGGCACGGCGAUCGCAUCCUGUGGGGAAACAACCACUUCUUCAGAAUCAACCUGCCGAAGCGCAAGCGGCGCGACCGCUUAAAGGAGCCGGAGCGCGACUCUCCCCGCGACAGCUUCGUGGAGGCCGACGUGGAGACGGCGAGCGAGGCCUCGUCCGAACAGGACUACAGCUACGAGUUCGCACAGAUGGAGGUCAUGAUGAAAGCGCUGGGGAGCAACGACCCGAUGCAGAACGUGGUUCAGGCUCUGGAGAAGCAGUACGUGGAGGAGAAGCGUCUGGCGCUGGAGGAGCAGCGUCUGAUGUACGAGCGCGAGCUCCAGUCUCUGCGGCAGCAGCUCUCGCCGGAGAAAGUGUCUCAGCACCAGCGCUGCAGCAGCUUCCCCACACACGCCACGCACAACAAACUGCGCCUCUGGACCGACGAGAGGGACGAGCUGUUUCGUCAGAGUCUGUCUCGGCUGCGCGAGCAGGUGGUCAGAGCGAACACACUGGUGCGGGAGGCGAACUUCCUAUCCGAGGAGAUGCACAAACUCACCGACUAUCAGGUCACGCUGCAGAUCCCCGCCGCCAACCUCAGCGCAAACCGCAAGCGCGGCGCUAUAGUCAGUGAACCGGCCAUCCAGGUGCGGCGUAAAGGUAAGGGAACGCAGGUGUGGACCAUCGAGAAACUAGAAAACAAACUAGUGGACAUGAGAGACCAUUACCGAGACUGGAGGGAAGGAACACAGGAAGUGGUGAACCGGCUGCACAGUAAAGUUAGCGAUCCGUUCUAUGAAGCGCAAGAGAAUCACAACCUCAUUGGCGUGGCAAACGUCUUCCUGGAGUGUCUGUUUCAUGAUGUGAAGCUGCAGUACGCCGUUCCCAUCAUCAGCCAGCAGGGGGAGGUGGCGGGUCGUCUGCAGGUGGAGCUGCUGCGCGUGAGCGGCGUCGUUCCCGAGCGUCUGGCCGGAGGAGACGAUUCCUCCGAGAACUCCAGCGAGAGCAGCGGAUACGAGGUCAUGGACAACAACGGAGAGAUCGUCCACAUGGCCAGAAAACUCACCUGCAGAGUGCGGAUCAGAGAGGCGUCUGGUCUUCCUCUCAACCUCUCCAACUUCGUCUUCUGUCAGUACACCUUCUGGGAACAAUCAGAGCCCACUGUGGCUCCGCCCAUCGUCAGCCCAGACACGCCCUCCCCACAGACAGCCGACGCCCACUUCACUGUGCGCUUUGACCACUGCAGGGAUUUUGUGGUGCACGUGACGGAGGAGUUUCUGGAGUUCAUCUCAGACGGCGCUCUGGCCAUCGAGGUCUGGGGUCACCGCUACGCAGGUAACGGCCGCUCUGUGUGGGAGCUGGACGCGCUGCAGGCCAAGAGACGGACGCUCAGAGACAGGUGGAGUGAAGUGUCGCGUGAGAUCGAGCUGUGGGUCUCCAUACAGGAGCUGAACGAGCAGGGCGAGUAUUCGUCCGUAGAGCUUCAUCCCAGCAAAGACGUCAGCACCGGAGGAGUGUUUCAGCUGCGCCAGGGUCACUCGCGGAGGCUGCAGGUGAGCGUGCGGCCGGUCCAGCACUCGGGGACGCUGCCGCUACUGGUGGAGGCCGUCCUGUCCGUCUCCAUCGGCUGCGUUUCCGCACGAUCCGCCAAAUUACAGAGACCUCUGGACAGCUAUCAGCAGAGGGAGGAAGACGACGAUAUGGAUAGUUAUCAGGAGGAGGAUCUGAACUGCGUUCGGGAGCGCUGGUCUGACGCCCUCAUCAAGCGCAGGGAGUAUCUGGAGGAGCAGAUCAAGAAGAUCAUCAACAAGCCCGAGAAGUCCGAGGAGGACGUGGAGCGAGAGGCCAGGCUGGUGGAGCAGUGGGUCGGUCUGACAGAGGAGAGGAACGCCGUGCUGGUUCCGGCUCCUGGCAGCGGGAUCCCAGGGGCCCCGGCGCACUGGGUUCCCUCUGCUGGAAUGGAGGCUCAUAUUCCUGUGCUCUUCCUGGAUCUGAAUGCUGAUAAUCUGACGGUGAACGAUCAGCUGACCGGUCCUCACGCCGCCGGCGUCAACUCCAUCCUCCCCAAAGAGCACGGCAGCCCCUUCUUCUACCUGCCCAUCAUCAGACACAGCGAUGACGAGGUGUCGGCCGUGUGUUCCUGGGAUUCGUCCAUCCACGACUCCAUCCAUCUGAACCGCAUCACGACGCCCAGCGAGCGGAUCUACCUGAUCGUGAAAGCCACGGUUCAGCUCAGUCACCCGGCAUCUGUGGAGCUGGUGCUGCGCAAGAGGAUCGCCGUCAACAUCUACAACAAACAGAGUUUCACUCAGAGCCUGAAGAGACGGAUGUCUUUGAAGAACGUUCUGUACUCCUGUGGAGUGACGUAUGAGAUCGUGUCCAACAUACCAAAGGCGUCUGAGGAGCCGGAGGAGCGCGAGACUCUGGCCUUGAUGGCGGCGCGAGGAGAGAGCGAGGAGACGCUCGAUGGAGAGACGUACAUAGAGAAAUACACCAGAGGAGUGCUGGAGGUCGACAAUAUCCUGUGUCUGGAGAGACUGCGGCAGGCCGUGACAGUAAAGGAAGCUCUCUCCGCUAAAGGCAGACACAUACGGCGCAGUCUCAGCACGCCCAACGUCCAGCACAGCUCCUGUUGUAAACCAGACGGGAACGGAUGUGAGGAUGAGGACGUGAAGACUCACUGCGACGGACACACAGACGUCACUGAAUCCAAUUUACAUGAAGCUUCACUCAACAGUCCUCUCUCAAAAGACACGCCCGUCAAAAACAAAGAGAAUCAUGGAUCAGUACCAGAGAGUCCGACGUUCUUCAACUCCAGUCCAUUUAAGGUUCUGUCUCCUCAACCGCCCAAGUUCCUCAAAUCUCUCUUGCCAGUGAAGGAGGAGAACAAAGUCAAGCGUUCUCUGGAGGCACGGCCUCUGCUGGGACAGGAGAGCAUGCGUUGGUUUGCGGACCCCGGCGGCCCCUGGUCCAGACCCAGGGCUCAGAGCGAGGGCCGCGGCACCAGUGACAUCAUCAGCAGCUCGGCCAAUCACAGACAGCCCAGACUCAGCACUGAUCUCACUCACACACGGCCGCACGCUGCUGAUUCAGAGGAAGAGGAUCCCGACAUGGAUUCUGCCUUCACCCGUUCUGGUGAUCCAGGCCUCGGGUCUCUGGAGCUCCAAAACUUCAAGCCUUACAUCCCUGAGGAUUUUGCCAACUUUGAGGUCUACAAUGCCAGUCUUGAGACCCAAGAGGGUGCCUCGUGUGUACAGGGAGAGUUGGCACCUGGAAUCGGGGUGUUGACUGGGACAAGGUCUGGAGAAAAAGAGGUGUCCCGUAGUCCCACGGCCAGCACAUGCACAAGCGGCUACUUCUCCCAUAGUGCCUCGAACGCCACACUGUCUGACGUGCUCUUCACCGGCAGCGAUAGUUGCGACCAGCUCAACAGCAGAGAACCUGCAGACCCUCAGGAAGCACCGCACGGAAGAGGGUUGCAUCCUUCCAGAAGUGCCUCGGGAUCCUGUCCAGCCCAGACUGUUCCCGCUCAACCCUGUUCCCGUCACUGCACCGACCGGGACUGUUCCCCUCGGCUUCCCCGCAAGUGUAUACUGAGUGUCAGCCAAGAAUUUACAGACUUUAAGGGUGCAGAUGAUGUUGUAGGGGAAGAAGAACUUGGUAACAUCGGAUGGAAGGCGGAAUCAGUUCCUCCAGACCUCAAGGGUGUAGGUGAUGCUGUAGGAGAAGACGACCUCGGUCCCCCAGACUUUAAGGGUGUAGAUGAUGAUUUAGAAGAAGACAAUCUCAGUAACACCGGAUCAAAGGAGAAAUCAGUUCCCCAAGGUGUAGGUCAUGGCCUAAGAAAAGACCUUGGUAACAUCGGAUCGAAGGCAGAAUCAGUUCCCCAAGACGUUGAUAGUAUAGAUCAUGGUGUAAGAGAAGACGUUGGUAACAUCCGAUCAAAAGCAGAAUCAGUUCCCCCAGACUUUAAGGGUGUAGAUCAUGGCGUAAGAAAAGACCUUGGUAAUGUCGGAAGGAAGGCGGACUCGAUUCCCCAAGGCAUGGAUCCCCCACCCCAGUGCCAUCUCCACAAUGGAAAGGUCUCUCCAAGUGUCCCCAUACCUCAUGCCAACCCACAGCUGGAAACAACUCAAGGACUUGAGUCCUUUGAGGAUCCAGAACCUUCGGCGGACUCUAGUGAGGACGAGAACGGACCAGUUGCUCAGCUGCCAGACUGGAUGGCUCCCGGUGAGCAAGUUUGGGUGGGCAAACAGAGCGGGACGGUGCAUUAUGUUGGAGGGGUGGAGUUUGCCAAAGGCAUCUGGGUUGGAGUAGAGCUGGACCUUGCUGUAGGCAAGCACAAUGGAACGGUCCAAGGGAGGGUGUACUUCCGGUGUGCCACAGGUCAUGGCGUCUUCGUGAAGCCUUCCUCUUUGACUCGAGGGCCUCCGUCCAUAGACACCGAACCUCAACCCGUGCUCCAUUAGGAGCAAGACAUCACCCCAGUAGUUGGUAGACGAAUUCUUCGACACCAGCACCAGCGAUCGCCUGGACAAACCAAGUGCUUACAGAAUCCAUCCUUCUGAUUUGUUCAUCACAUUCGAGAUUUGUUGGUUCCCAUGAUUCCAUGGCAAUAAACCCUACCUGUGUGUGUUGUGUUAAAGUUAUAGGCCUAUUUCAGUAUCAUCUUUGAAUGUCGAGAGUUGCACAAUUGCACAAACACGUUUUAUAUAUCAUGUAUAGCUGUAAUACUAACAUCCAUCUUGGUUACCACUUAUUAUAUGACUAAAUGUAUUAAUCGAACAUUGCCUAACUCUUACAUACUUUGAGUGAGUUUGAGAUUUGGAUUUGUGUUCUAGGUAAGAAUGUACUACUGUUUAUGACCAUUUUGUUUGCGUGACUAUAUCAGGUAUUACCAAAGACAUAGCCUUCAAAUCUGCUGUGCAAACUUCUUGGCGACGUGUUUUAUGCUUGUGUACGUUACAGAUUUAUGCUAAUAUGCUAAGUGCCAUAUUUCUGGUUGGAAGGCCACAUGCCCAUCAGAACUUCAGAACUGUGGUGUUUCGGUUUCGAUUGGACGGCAAGCCAGUUGCUCGUACUCUGUCGCGUUACUGGUUUGUUGAGUACUGUAACUAUUGAAGGACUGCCAAUAUUUCUAUUAACAGAGCUGAACGCUUGCACUGGAGUAACUUAUCCUGGAUGCACAUUAAGUUACGUAAUGCACAGACUUGUACGCAUUCUCAGAUACUGAUUUGACGCUUCUCAGGAGGUUGACGGAGGUCACCUAAUACGGAGAGCACCUUGUUUUCUUUAUACCUUGCCGGUAUUGCUAAACGCAGUUAACCUGGUUUGCUUCGUAUCGGCUAAAGACCAGAAAUGUCCUAAAGUACUGACACAAGCCCCUUUCACGGGGUCUUUUUAGAUAGUCGACUUCUAGGUUCACCCGCCUAAUAAUGUGUGUUUGUUAAGAUUUUAUUUAGUUUGUGAUACUAAAGCCAAUAUUAAUGUUUUUUAUAUAGGUGUAAAUGGGAGAUGGGCAAUAUCGGGGAAUGGGACAUAGCCUGAAUAAUGCUAGUAUGUUUAGUGCCAUGACCAGUGCUGUUAUUAUUGCUCUGUUUUACCUGAAGAACUGUGGAUCUCAUAAGAAGUGAAUACUAUUGCUGUCAACGGAGACGGUAAAAUAAAAACCCAAGACCUUACUUAAAAGAAAACAAAGCUGCUCUCCUUGACAAGGAGCUGUACAUAAAAAUGUAUGAACAUAGUAUUUACAAUAUUAUAAAAUGUACAGAAUUGUAUUUAUAUUGUAUCUCUGCAGAUGUUGGUACAAAGAUGUUGUAGAAUACAGAACGUUUACAAACGCU